CCGACGCCCACUCCCCCAUCCCCGCCCUGGCCGGGGCUGCGGGGACUUGGGGGUCGCCCCUCGCCCUCCCCCUUGUGGCCAUUGGGCCGCUCCGCGUUGCGCGGGUGCGCGGGGCGGGGCGGGGCCCUCCCCAUCUCCCCUCGGCUCCCCUCCCCUAUUUCCCGGGGUGGGGACGUCGGGAGGCGGAGGCGUGGAGGGGCUGCGGCGGGGCGUCCGGUUACAUCUGGGUCUUCCGCACCCGGCGGCCGCAGAGCGCUGAGUUUGCGGGCUCGCAGUUGGGCAGCAUGCGGGCUGCGUGGAUGCGGGCGCUGCUGCUGCAGCUGCUGCUGGCGGGGCCUGGGGGCUGCCUGAGCCGCCAGGAGCUCUUCCCGUUCGGGCCGGGGCAGGGGGACCUGGAGCUGGAGGACGGGGACGACCUCGUCUCCCCGGCCCUGGAGCUGAGCGGGGCGCUCCACUUCUACGACAGAUCCGAUAUCGACUCGGUCUACGUCACCACAAAUGGCAUCAUUGCCAUGAGCGAACCCCUGGCCAAGGAAUCCCAUCCCGGGCUCUUCCCACCAGGCUUUGGUGUGGUCACACCUUUCCUGGUGGACUUGGACACGACCGAUGGCCUCAGGAAGGUUUAUUAUCGAGAAGACUUAUCUCCCUCCAUCAUGCAGCUGGCAGCAGAAUGUGUCCAGAGAGGGUUCCCAGAGGUCUCGUUCCAACCCAGCAGCGUGGUGGUUGUCACUUGGGAAUCUGUGGCUGCUUACCAAGGGCCUAACCAGGACCCUAUCCAAGAAGGCAAGCUUCCUGCUAAUAUAAACCCCAGGGAGACAGCAGGUGAUGUCUCAAGUACUUGGGUUCCUGCCACCCACAUGGGAGACCCAGAUGGUGUUCCCAACUCCAUCCUCAGCCUGCAGCAUUUGAAGCAGCAAGGCACUAGAUGCUCCCCUCAGCGAGUCAACGGGAAGGUGAAAGGGAGGAUCUUCGUGGGGACCAGCCAGGUGCCCGUGGUCUUUGAGAACACCGACCUGCACUCUUACGUGGUGAUGAACCACGGGCGCUCCUACACAGCCAUCAGCACCAUUCCCGAGACCGUGGGGUACUCUCUGCUCCCUCUGGCCCCCAUCGGAGGCAUCAUUGGAUGGAUGUUUGCCGUGGAGCAGGACGGAUUCAAGAAUGGGUUCAGCAUCACUGGGGGCGAGUUCACGCGCCGGGCGGCGGUGACCUUCGUGGGGUACCCAGGCAAGCUGGUCAUUAAGCAGCAGUUCAGCGGCAUCGACGAGCAUGGACACCUGACCAUCGACACAGAGCUGGAGGGCCGCGUGCCACAGAUCCCAUUCGGCUCCUCCGUGCACAUUGAGCCCUACACUGAGCUCUACCACUACUCCAGCUCAGAUAUUGAUGAAUGCGUAGAGCAGCCAUCAGUGUGUGGCAGCCACGCUCUCUGCAACAACCACCCAGGCACCUUCCGCUGCGAGUGUGUGGAGGGCUACCAGUUUUCCGACCAGGGAACGUGUGUGGAUGUGGAUGAAUGCCAGCCGAGCCGAUGCCACCCUGACGCCUUCUGCUACAACACCCCAGGAUCCUUCACGUGCCAGUGCAAACCUGGCUACCAGGGAGACGGCUUCCGUUGUAUACCUGGAGGUACGGUGAUGGGGUAUGUGGCAUUGCUGGCUCAUUGCUGUCUCUGUGAGGGGGGGGGGGGGGCAGCGGAUGCACAGCGGCCCCGCCCACCGGGGCUGUUUGUCCCCAAGUGUGAUGAGCACGGACACUACUCGCCUACCCAGUGCCACGGCAGCACAGGCUACUGCUGGUGCGUGGAUCGCGAUGGCCGUGAGGUGGAGGGCACAAGGACCAGACCCGGGAUGAGGCCCCCGUGUCUGAGUACUGUGGCUCCACCGAUUCAUCAGAGACCCUUAGUACCUACCGCUGUGAUCCCUCUGCCCCCUGGAACCCACCUACUCUUUGCCCAGACUGGGAAGAUAGAGAACAUGCUACUGGAUGGAAACACCAAGAAGAAGACGGAAGCCAAGGCUUUACUGCAUAUGCCGGGACCCCUGACCUCUGCCAAGAAACCACACAGACCUGGGGGCUUUCACAGUGGACUUGGGGCCGAGUUGCCAACAGAGUGGGAGGGGUAUCUCGGGAGCCCAGAAGGCAUCGCCGUUGACCACCUGGGCCGCAACAUCUUCUGGACGGAUUCUCAGCUGGACCGGAUAGAAGUCGCCAAGCUGGAUGGCACCCAGCGCCGGGUGCUGUUCGAGACCGAUUUGGUGAACCCCCGAGGCAUCGUGACGGAUUCCACCUCCAAAAAGCACCUAGGUGCACCGAGGUGUAAACUUUUUCUCAUAGGUCUUUCUUAUUUCUCUUCCUCUUUCCCCUUCUUUUCCUCCUCCAAGAACCUUUAUUGGACAGACUGGAACAGAGACAACCCCAAAAUUGAGACUUCCUACAUGGACGGCACCAACCACAGGAUUCUUGUGCAGGAUGACCUGGGGUUGCCCAACGGGCUGACUUUCGACACGUUCUCAUCUCAGCUCUGCUGGGUGGGUGCAGGCACCAACCGGGCAGAGUGCCUGCACCCCAGUCAGCCAGGCAGACGCAAGGUCCUCGAAGGGCUCCAGUAUCCUUUUGCUGUGACGAGCUACGGGAAGAAUCUGUACUACACAGACUGGAAGACGAAUUCUGUGGUGGCUGUCGAUCUGGCUGUUUCCAAAGAGAUGGAUUCCUUCCACCCCCACAAGCAGACCCGGCUGUAUGGCAUCACCACGGCCCUGUCUCAGUGUCCCCAAGGCGACAACUACUGCUCUGUGAACAACGGCGGCUGCACUCACCUCUGCUUGGCCACUCCAGGUAGCAGGACCUGCCGUUGCCCUGACAACACCAUGGGAGUGGACUGUAUUGAGCGGAAAUGAAGACAAGACUGCCGUGUUUCCUCUCCAAGUAUUUCACAGGAGCAUCCUACUUGAAUCUACUUGGUCCAGACUGAAAAACUGUCCUCUGCCUGAGUGACCACUAGGUUCAGGCCCAUCCCAGCCUGAGCCUCAACAACUUCCCCCCCACUAUUCCCCAAAACAUACACUUCUUUAAUGGGAAAGUUUCUCCCCCUGUAUAAGGACAGAAUUCCCACCCUGGCCCAACUCCAGAUAAGCUUAUACAAGCCUGGGUGAUGAUUACCUACCCCAUUCCAGUUCCCUGGACCUUUCCCAAAUCCUAGUCUCCCAGUGGUGAGUAGAACCACCCAAAGCCUAAGCAGCCCCCUCUCUGUGGCCUUAAAAGCUCAGCCUCAUUCUGAGGCACCCACCAUCCUAUCAGCUGUUCAACACACCAGCCUGGGUCUGCCUAGGUGAGGUUGUGAGUGAAGAAAGGAGUUAGCCCUCCCUUACUUUUUCUCUUGGUGCUCUGAUUUCCCUCUUUAUAUUCACAUUUUUUUAUUCCCUAGUUCCUCAUCACCUUCAUCCCAAGGCCCUCAUUGUAAGAACCAUGAUCUGCCUUUUGAUGAGAAAUUACCCAUCAUAGAGAAUAUAUGGGUACUUUAUGGAUGUUAAUGAGCAUCCUUUUCCAGAUGAGGUAUUGGCAUUUAAGUUAGUAGCCUUUGACACUCAAAGGCUUAAGUCAAAGGAGUAUCCUAUGAUAGGAAUUUCAAAGUGUAGAGUCAGAUGUUUGAGGAUGAGGAAUUACUUUGAUGUGCCUUAAAUUAUACCAGAGAUUACCAAAGUCAUCCUGUUUUCCCAAAGCUCCUGUAUUCCAGCAUGUGGUCUCUGGUGCUUCACCUUCACUGCUAGCACUGAUGUCCAGUCUCCUCAUGGAGAUUUGUCUGAGGUCUGAGACACAGCUUAGAGCUGGUACAAGGUGAUGACUUAACCAGUUCAUCAGUUUUGGUCUUUGCUCCAGAGAACCAGUUUAUACUUAACCAUGAAUCUGCUUAUCCUUUUGUUCUCGAUCCUUUAACUUUAGUGGCUAAAUGUGCAUCUAAAGACACAGUAUAGGAAGAGCAAAUUCAAUAAUUAUCUUAAUGGUCCAGACUCUUUAUUGCUCGUUUGUCUAAUUAAAGGGACCACUGCUACAUUUCAUAUUUAUGUUUUUACAAUUUGUUUAGAGAACCUCUUCCAUUAGUAGCUAGUGUUGUCUUUUGUCAACUGCUUCCCAGAGUCCUAAAGCAAUAGAAAUUUUGGACUGAAAGUUGAGCAUAAGGUGUUUGAGUCAAUAAAGGAUGGGAUAAGGGAGUACAGAAGACUUAAAGUAUCAUGAAGAGAUUAACCAAGAGCAGGAAUGGAAAACCCAAGAGAAAUGGGUGAGGGGAGGGGAUUUAUGAAUGGCAAUUAAAAAAAACCCUUUAAUAACUACACAGAGAAAAUAACACAUUUUUGCCAAAGAACACUUAUACUUGAGAACAUGGAAGAAUUUUCCUGAAAUUCUCCUUGGAGCAGAGAUCCCUCCCUAUUUCUUCAAAUCCCAGUGUGCUCAACUCCUUCACCUACAUACCCUCCUACCAUUGUCUGCACUUGCUUGUGAAGCACAUUGGAAACUAAGUUGGGAAAGUGUUUCCUUAAAUGAUUGGAGUUUGUUUUCAGAGACAAUUUUGUUUCCAAUAAUCAUAAGCUUUGCGGAACUUCUGAGUCUUUUAUAUAGUGCAAACUCAUAAAUUACUCUUUUUCUUGUAUUUAUCAUUCCUCACCAAGCCUUCUGUAUCAGAUGUUCAUCAUGAUUUUGUAAAUUUUAUAAGUAUUUUAUUCACUGUAUUACUAGAUUCAUUCUAAAAGUUUUUAAAUGGUAAAUUCCUAAACUGUGGAAACCCCAGGAGGUGCUUAAUAACUGUUGCCCCAGAUUUAUACAAAUAUUUGAUGACUCCUUGAUUUUAUCACAUACAAAUACUUGUAGAUGAACACACCUCCUCUUCAACCCUGUUACUCCUCCAAGUUUAGAUCUGGGCGGGUGUUCUCAAAGGUAGUUCCAGAACAGACCACAUGAGGGCAGUAAGAGCCUCUCAAUGCCUUUGUCUGGGAGUGAGGAGGUGGGAGGGGCCAGGCAGCCCAGGCAACUCCCUGAAAAAAAAGCUGUGCCCAGGCUUUCCCAGUGCCCUGCUGGAGAACUUUAAUACUGGCCAGCUGCCCAGCCUGCUGCCAAAGAAAGCCCAAAUGUGGAGGCUCAAGCCUCUGCAUUUUAAAUCAGAUUUUCUCCCAAGUAGCCCAACACCUUUCCUCCCAAAGCCAUCUCUUCAUUCUGAACAUUUGUAGACAUCCAUCACACUAAGGCCAGAGCCAUGUGCUUAGCACCAGGAGGAAUACACAGAAGUAUUCCUGGGACAGGCAUUUUGUACUGCGAUUAAGAGACAGCUUGGGACACCUGCAUCCCAUACUGGAGCGUUUGGGUUCAAGCCCCAGCUCCAGCUCCUGAUUCCAAUUACCUGCUAAUGUGUACCCCACUUAGAUUCCUGCCACCCACAUGGGAAACGUAGAUUUGAAUUCUAGGCUCCUGGCUUGAGCCUGGUCCCAGCCCCAGCUGUUGUGGGCAAUUGGGGAGUGAACCAGCAGAUAAAAGCUGUCUCCCUGCCUUUCCUCCCUUCCAAAUAAAAUGAAAAUAAUUAAUUGUUUAAACAUGAAACAUUCCUAAAUACAUCCUAUGGACACGUAAGUAUACGUAUACAUUUCUUCAUGGACAAGGUUAUGAGCGAAUCUAAAUGGAGAAUUACACAGGAUACCAAAUCCAGAAAAUGCAAGACCUUUGCAAAUAAAACAGUGCAUGUCUGAUUCCUAACUAGGAAUUACUAACAGCUGGUGUUAAAUGAUUAGUUCAAAAUCACUUCUAGUUAAGGAGGUGACGGAAUCAGGGAAAGGAGAGGUCUUGGUAGAAUGGCAUUCAUCUGUUGAAUGAUAGAAAGGAGACACCUCCCUCACAAUGACAUUGUGAGGAAGGAUCAGUUAUGCCCAGCGUGUGAGCAGGAAGCUGAGCCUCCAGGAAGUGGAGUGACUUGGCAGAGGGCAUGCCAUCCGCAGGUGCAGAGCAGGGUCCAACUCCAGCUCUGGGUUGCUUCAAACAUCCCUUGCCACCUUCCUUCUUACAAGACU